CCCAUCCGCCGCCGCCACAACAGCACAAACAAACUAGUUCUCGCGCCAAUGCAUCACAUAACGCUAAAUUCAUCAGUUACUAUCUCAGUAUUCAACUAAAAACCACAAACCACUUAUACAAACAAAGUGGUGGAGUCAGAAUCCCGCCUAGGCCCGGUCCGGGGUGGCCACGAGCGUCUUGCACCGAGCGGAGGAAUACUGUGGUGAAAUUCGACAAUAGUGGUGAGAGGAGAAGCUUUGAAUCUCACGGGGUAUAGUACAGUGUUCCGACAAUAUUUUUAUUAUAGCGUUGCACGAUGUCCACCUCCACGGUCCAGGGGAUGAAGACGGAGCCUGUAGUGCAGCAGCAGACAUCCCAGUCAUGGUUUUGGGUUGGAGUGUUACCACUUGAUCCACAUACUGCACAUCACAGGAACACUAUGACUAAAAGUGCCUACAGCGUGUCUACUGCUGGACACAUGCCCGAGAGGCUCAGGGGACACAAAUCAUCACUGCCAAUGGACAGACCUACUCAGUCAUGCCCCAAGCUCAAAUGCAGACAGUGACAAUCGAUGGGCAGGAGGCCAUCUACAUCCCAGCCUCAGUGCAGCAUGCCCCAACAGCAGCAGCAGGCACUCAGCAGAUACAGAUUGCUGGCAACCAGGCCAUCUUCACCCCAGCGGGCCAGAUCAUCCGGGCACAGAAUAUCAUCCAGAAUGUGCAGGGAGUGGGACAGCCAAUCACAGUGGGAAGUGUACGGCCAUCAGGCACAGCCACUGCUACAGGGCAACAGGCUGCCCCCACCCAGGCUGCUCAGGUGGGCCAGAUGGCAACACAGGUGAUGCAGUCAGGUGUGCCGCAAGCCACCAUCCCCGUCCAGAUCCCGAUCUCCACUGCUGGGGGACAGACUGUUCUUCAGACCAUCCCCUUCCCUGUCCAGAUACCAGUCAUCCCCAAUGUGGUACAGGCCAACGGUCAAACGCUGCAGGUUGUGCCACAGCUAGCACAGCAAGUGCAGGCACAGCCCCAGCUGGCCCAGAUCCUGCUGCCUAAUGGCCAGGUGCAGCAGGUCCAGAUGGUUUGGGGCAGUGCGUCUGGCAUGAUGUCACUCGGAUCGGCCAAUCUGGGCUCAGCUGCCACCAUGACCCCUCUGGCCUCCUCUCAGCCCAUCACCACCUCCACUUGGGCCACCUCCACCAUCUCCACACCCUCGGUGGCCAUCCCUGCUGGCCACACCAAUAGUGCCAGUAAUACAUCCGCUGACAACAAACAGCAGGUAGCUCAGCAGGUGUCAUCAGGUGCCAGUGCCAACAUCUCAGCCACCAGUCCCUCACAGGUGGUGGGUAAUGCUGCCAGCAUCACAGUGGCCAACAACUCACAGCUCCUACCACAGGGAAUCACCGUCUCCCCACAGUUGCCGGGUUCAGUUGGCGGUGGCGUGACGGUGGUGCCGGUGAGCCAGACGUCACAGCUCCGUGCGGCUGCCCCUACUGCUGCUGUGGCAGCACAACAGAACGCCAUACAGAUCCCACAGAUACAGGUGGUCCAGCCCGUGUUUCAGCACAUUCCUGGCAUAGGCCAAGUGCAGGUGAUCUCACCAUCCUCCCUGCAGACUCUGACGUCCUCCAUAGCAGGUACAUCUCAGCCCAUCUCCGUCUCUACUCUCAGUGCUGUGCCCACCUCCAACUCACAGCCAGCUGCUAGUGCCAUCCCCACCCAGAUCUUACCUGGAGGAGCGCAGAUCAUUAGUGCCAGUGGAUUGCAAGGGGAGAGUGAUGGUGCUAAGUGGGUGGUGUCAACUGGAGGUCAAGUGAAUCAGGCCCAAGUGGUACCACAGCCAGACGACUCCCCGACCACGGAGACUGGCAAAACACGGCUUCGGCGAGUGGCGUGCACCUGCCCCAACUGUAAGGAUGGCGACCGUGGGGGUGACAACAAAAAGAAGGUGCAUGUGUGUCACAUCCCCGGCUGCAACAAGAUGUAUGGCAAGACCUCACACUUGCGGGCACAUCUUAGGUGGCAUUCUGGGGAGCGGCCCUUUGUGUGCUCCUGGCUCUUCUGCAAUAAGAGGUUCACUCGCUCUGAUGAACUCCAGAGGCACAAGAGGACACACACAGGAGAAAAGAGAUUUCAUUGCCCUGAGUGUCAGAAGAGGUUCAUGCGGUCGGACCAUCUCUCCAAACAUGUCAAGACUCAUACCAAAUCUAAGGGGAUGGUGAGUAACUGGAGUGGUUUCUCAAAUAACAUCCCCAACCCGUCUCAAUCUUCAGAAAGCAGCAACUCAUCAGAUGCUGGGGAAAAGAUGCUCAUCACCAUCCCGGACCAGUCUGGGGACCCUUUGCACAUCUCCACUGAUGGGGAAGUACCAGCCAAUGUCCCUCAGCCCCAGUAGUCCCUUUGGUCCCAGAACACAAUUUGUAUAAUGUGUACAGUGUGAGAAAGAAGUGUGUUAAGCUUAUAAAAGAUGUUUCAUGAAUGUGGAGCUCAGUUAACUUGCUGACCCAGUUCUUUUAUAUUAAUUCAUACCUUUGAUGUGUUUUAGAUACAGGUGAAGUGUUGUGAUGUGUGUGUGUGUGUGUGUGUGUGUGAAGGGAUUUCAUGCUUUGGUCCAAGUGGGAGGUGUUCUGGGUGAGCCUCAAACAUUGUCCACCAAGUUUUGCUCAAGGUUCUGCUAGUUUCACCCUUCCUAAAACAUUGGCAUAAUUUCUGCCACCUAAAAAUCCAUUGCUGAUUUUAGUAAAGAAAAGCCUCAUUAAUUUAUUCUUAGUUCUAAUUUCUUGAUAAUUUACUGUUUUGUUUUAGUCAGGCUAACAAAGCUCAUCAUGUAUAUUGUAGAAUGGUGAGAGGUAGCCAGGUGGAUGUCGUCAGCAAAAGCACACAAAGGUUUGCAACACUGUUUUAGGUUAAAUUUUAGAACUUUCAUUGCUUUUACUUGGCAGAUUUUAUUGAGCAAUUAUUGUAUUAAGUUAUUAUAAUUAUAAUAUUUUGUACACAUAAGUUAGUUGUACAAAUCAUUUACUUUUAGUGAUUAUUGUCAUCCUUUGUCAAAAGAAAGUUCAGCAUCUGUUCUGUUCACACCUUAGUCUGUCUUUUGCACAAAGAAAACAUUCCAUAACACAAAGUAUAGCACCAACAAAUGUAUCAGCCUUGUGCACUUACAUCUUUUAGUGUCAUUUAAUUUGUAAUUUAAGAAACUGAAGAAUGUGUUCUCUUACAUUUCUAUAAAUAAGUUUAUUUAAUUAUGGCAAGUAAUGUUGCUGUGACAUGGGUGGUGGACAUCUCAUCAUGUUAACGGGAGUGUUGCUUGCUGCCCUAACACAGCCACUAGUGCACCUACCCUCAGCUGUCCUGCUGUGUCUGCGGCGGUCUGGAGGGACGUUACUUUUUCUUUCUGGCAUGCCUGUCGGCUGUUUUUAAGUGUUAAUCUGAAGCUCCCCACAGCUGGUGGCACAGGGAAGUCAAGAAGGUAGGAAUGAGUAAGUGUCUUCCUAGUCAAGUGACUGCAUCUGUUUCAGUGUUAUCUUAAUGGAUUUAUAGAUUAUAUAUAUAUUAUUUAUUUACUGUAUAGCAAAAUGUCUUUUUACAUUUUUAUAUUGUAUAUACUAUAUAUACAUAUAUAUAUAUAUAUAUGGUGAAAUGUGAAGCUCAUUGUUCACAUUUUUUUUCUUCACCAAGUUGGUUGGUACCUGAACUGGUAGGUUGUCUGUUGUCUUGGCUUUAAGAGGUUCAGGUAAUUUGUCAAGAAAGACAAGAAUCAUUUUAUGGCAGCUCAUUUAUAGUGGUAGGAACUUAUUUUCUAAGAAACAUAGUAAAUAGGUGCCUUGCCAUAUUUUGUAAAAAAGAACAAAAUGUUGCUAGUGAUAAAUAUGCACAAAGUUU